AUGUCUGAACCAACUCAAGACGAAAUGGAUGGUAACUAGGCAAUUUCAUUAAUUUUCUCUUCAAUUUAUCUAAGUGAAUUUUUAGGAUUUUGAUUUUUACUUAACAUUUGAAGAAUACCGAGAUGCGUUCGCCCUCUUUGACGAGCAAGGAGACGGUAAAAUAGACUGCAACCAGAUCGGAAAGUUGCUACGCUCGUUAAAUCUUAACCCCGAAGAUGAAGAUAUUCGCAAGAUUGAAAAAGAUGUCGGUAAGUCAUAAGUCCGUUUUACUUAUCAACCUGACUUGGUAUGCGCUUCAACAGUGCUCUUCAAGUACGUAGCACUUCUCAGGAUUAAUAUUUUGGGGAUCUUCAUACUACAUCAACAUUCACUCUUUUUGUAGUAGCGCCAGCGAUGCCGGAUUAAAAUAUGACAAUUGCAAAACUAGUUAAUAAUUUCGUAUAGCCGAUCCAUUUAAUCUCUCUUCUCGUGUAAAGAUAAAUUUUGGUUAGCUAUCUACUGUAGAUCAGACAAAUGGGAAAUAGGUUUGAGCUACUGCGAUUGUACAAGAGACACUCAGACAGAGGCGCAGCCAGGGUUAUUCUAUAUGUUUAUACUGCCUAGUUUCCUUCCUGUGUCAAAGGAUUUAAAGGUCUUUUUAAAUGUUUCAAUCAAGUUAUUUCGCAACAAACUUUCUUAUAUUGUCACGCAAAGAUAUCAGUCGGUAAAAUACGUUUGUGAUCAUAUAUUGGACUGUGAGCGUAAACCGAAAAAUCGUUGAGGCAUUUUUGUAGCCAGCAAAAUGACACAACUAUUCUUUGAAAUGUGGUUUUAAAAUAACAAAUGAAGACAAAAAAGCCAUCAAAUGCACAAUGGGUGUGUUGUUAUUUUGGUAAUAUAUACAUCUGUGGACUUCUACAGAAGAUCAAUCAUUUUGAUUUACUUUUCAGAGUAAGGUUAAAGUUAUCAUAACUUUGCCUAAUUCCUUCACGCUGAUGAGCACCAACGUUCGCUUAAUUGAACAUGUAGUAAAACAAAUGGCCAAAAUAAAAAAAAGAAGGAUUGCUCGCUUAUGUAGCAUGAUGUAGAAGACAAAUAAUUUCAGAGAUUAUGUUUCAUACACGACACAAGAAAAUAAGGUUUUCUGGUAUUAAGUUGUACUGCCCGAAUUUAAAUUAUUAAGACUCUGCCUCCGGGCAUCGAUAGUGCAAAUUAGAAGGAUGAUCAUUAAAACAGCCAUUGUUUAAAACUGGCAGUAAUUUGUUAUGAACUGCUGUAAAAUCUUAUCUUGCACAAUUGAUUGCUUUUGGUAAGGUCUCCUUAAAAAACGUGUCAGUGUUUCUCUUUUGUUGUAGACAUUCAAGCCUCAAAGGAGAGAGCACCUAAAAAUGAGUAAACAACUUUGUAUAGUCUGGCUAUUUUUAAGGAGGCUGCCAGUCGUACCCCUUCAGUAAUUUCAUACUAAUCGCCUUAAUUGAUUUGCGGCGUAAUCUUGAAAUUAUCUCGCAUACAGGGCAAAAUUUAAGCAGGCAGAAUGAUUUCGUACAAAGUAAGCCUUGUACUUUGCUUUAAACAACUGUUAAACUACCUUGUUCUUUUUCCACUGAUGGAAUGUAACCUUUGCCUACUCGUUGGGUUGGAACCGAAAGAAAAUAUAUCUCUGUCAUCAGGAUCAUUUUUGUUGAUGUAGUUUGUUAUGUUUCCACGCAUAUUUGGCGUGUUCGCUUGCAGGGCUAUCGCUCCUGGUUCUUAGUAACAGGAAGAAGGCUCAACGUGAAAAGCGAAACUUCCCGUUUAAAACAUUGCGCCGAGACUCGGUUCUAGGCAAAGUCAUUGACGAUUUUCAUACCUUUAAUGAUUUAAGGCAAACAUAAGAUUCCACGCAAAAAACGUUGACGAAGAUGUAUUUGUACAUAGACUGCAAAACAGUCCGUAUUUUUGCGUAUUCAAGUACGCGCGAGCAGUCAAACAAAUAGGCCUGGAACGAGGCUGAAAACAGAGAGCGAGCCCUAUGGGCGUGUGAGGCUCGCGCGCUUCGUGCGUGUAAGACUCUCGAUUUCUUAACUGAUUUUGGGAAAAAACCGACUGUUUUGCAAUCUUAUUUGUACAUAGAGAAAGUUGAAAAACUGGACUGUGAUCAUUUAGCAUUGAAAGAAGUUUAAGUUCCUUUUCUUUUCAGGAAAUCGGCGCGUUUCGUUUGAAGAGUUCCUGCCUAUCUUUAUGAAGGAGAAAAAGAACAACAGAGAAGUGUCUGUACAGGAGUUUAUAGACACUCUGAACGUGUUCGAUAAGGACGGCGCCGGCAAAGUAUCAUCCGGGGAACUUCGUCACGUGCUAACGGCAUUGGGUAAGUACGUGCCGUAUUUAUUCGAUUAAACGCCGCAGCGUUUUUAUUAAAUUUCUAACGUUUCCAAUGCGGCGUUUAUUCAAGGGCGGCUUUUAUUUCGAAAUCACUUUUUUUUUAAAUCACUGACAACAGUUAUUGUAAAUCGUUUGUAAAUAUUAUGUAAUUUAAAGGUUCCAAUGUCUCUCUUAUUUUGCUGAGAUAGAAUCGUAAAUGUCUGGAUGGUGUAAAUUACCAAGUUGUACUAAGGUUUUUUUAUUAACCUCGAGUAAACGCCGCAUUCGUCUGAUUAGGUGCGGCGUUUAUUCGUGGUAAUUUUGCUUCCGUCUACUGCGUUUGAUCAAGGGUGGCGUUUAUUCGAGGGCGGCGUCUAAUCGAAAGGAUACGGUCUGGCGACAAGAUAUGGGCCUUUUAAUGUAAACAAGGCGCUCCCAUAACCACUUAUGGUGUAUAUUUGUGUUGAAAUUUUAUUUUGGUCUAAAUGUUUCAAACUUAUUAUUGGACAUUGCCUGAAGACAGACGAGAAAGAAAAACCAAACACAAACUUAGGCUUUGCCGUGUGCACAGAGCCUUCCUUCUUUCAGUUUAGCUAAAAAUUGUUCGGGAAUAUUUCCCGGCGCUGGUUUACGAUCAAGGACUGUAUCUUUCUAUUCCACUAAAUGCUUUUAUUCUCUCUCAAGUUGAGUUCAAUGUUACACUCUCAAUGUCUAUCCCAUUCUAAACUAGAGCUCUAAAUACAUGAAUGACUUAUACUUUGACAAAAGAGAAAUGCAAUAAUGCUGCGGUUAAUUCUUGGCUCCCUGAACCCUAUUGUAAUGCCUAGCUUUCAAUCUUUACGAGGCGGCAGUAACUAAGGGUCCCAGUCCCCAGGGGUAGUAGAGUCCCGUUUGCCACUUUUUACUCGAGAAUGAAACCGGAACGAGUUAACUUUCGCAAAGACCUCUGGGACUGUUCCUAAAUAAGCAAAUAGUGUCCCCGGUAACGAUCCCAUAAGCAAUUGCGGUGUUGCAGUCCCCCCUCCCCCAAACCGUUUCUAAAGUGGCCAAUUAGAUUCUUGUGGACAAAUGACUGAAAUGACGACCUAAGACCAACCUAGUUCACAUCGCUUUUUACUGGAAAAAGCCCUUGGGGUUUCACAACAGUUUUAUUGUUCACAGUUUGAUAAAACUAUUUUACUACAAAAACUUUUAAGUGUUUGAAACUGAUACUUUUGGCACCAAUAGGCCACUUGCACGAUGACGACAUUUUACUACUACGACCAAAAUGCUUCAAGGUUUUGCUUUCUUGUGCAAAUUGUGGCUUUGUUAUUUAAUCCUUGCUGGGAUUACCAAAUUUAAAAAUGGAAGGGAAAACGUAAAGGAUUCUGGUCGUAGUAGUAAAAUGGCACCAUCCUGCAAAUGCCCUACUGUGAAUAUAACCUUCACGGGCGUGAAGUGCUUUUUACCGAACGUAAUGAAUAAAAUCCCCAGUAGCAAUCCCAGAUGUAGAAACAAUUGCGAGAGACAUUUCGGCUCCAGUUCCCUUUUCUUGUUUCUAAAGUGGGGAAUGCCUAAUAACACAAUACAAAAAAUGCCUCAGACGUUCGACCGCGCUGAACCUGUGUAUGACUGAAACUAAGACUUGGACAUCUCACAGGGGACCCAAGUAGUAAGUACAGUAGUGAACAGACCAAUUUGAGCACUGAAGCAAACGUACCAACUCCGCUGUAUGGCCAGUACCUUACGCAUGCGCGCAACCAUAUCACCCUGGUAGUGGCAGCCAUGGACGCAUUCCGUGGGAGAACUGUUUUACGGUUCUCAACCAACACCUAACACUUGUCUACGGUGGAGCUGGCGCUUAAAGGAAUGCUUUGCACUCGCCUCGGCAGUAAAAGGCCUCUGAGAAAGGCGCGCUUUGUCCUUACAGAGGUCCGAUGGCUUUGCCAUACAUAUGAGUUGCCAUGUGUACUUCAGUGCUUAACCCCCGCCAUUGUACCACAUUCUUUUUUUGUUCUUGUAGGCAACAAGCUUAGAGGUCGCGAAGUCGAUGAGUUGUUCAGUGACGUCGGGGAGUAUCACGGAUUUAUUCACACAGCAGGUAUUUGCCUAGUUUCAGGGUACGAGUAAGUUUUCCGAGGCGCUCUGGCGGCGGGGUGGGAAAAGGAAGGAGAACCUUCAACAACGUCUCUGGAAUUUGAAUUCCGCCUCCAAUUCCCUUGUGGCUCCCCGUCGACGGAGCUCUCAGAUUUCCGCCAAUCAGCGCGAAGUGGAAACGGGCGCGAACAAAAAUUAAUAAUAAUAAUAAUAAUAAUAACGGUUUAAUAUCAGUACAUCCAUGGUACGGCUCUUCGCCUGAUAUAAGAGUGAAAUAAGGAAAUUUAAAAAAAAUACAAAAAUCUGAAUUAUGAAUUUGUAAAAAGCUAGGUAUUAUACAGUAAAAUGUAAUUAUACAAUAUACACAUUAUUAAAAACUAGGCAAGAAAUUAUUCCGCUCUAUUUCGGCAGCGCUCCCUUAAAAUACAUAAUGUUUGCUUACUGAAGGAUUUAAAAUUAUAACAGCAUUUAACGUUGGAUGGCAGAGAAUUGAAGAGGGCUGCCGCGCUAUACUGAAGUGUCCGAGGCAUUGGGAAUAACUAGAUUUAUGGUACUUGAUGACCGUAAAUUUCUAGCAUGCCUUACUUGCUCAAGCGGAGGGUUUCUGGGCCAAUCAUGAGAGUAUAUAGCUUUGUGCGCGGCCUUUAGAACGUGCUAUUCUCUACGUUCUUUCAUAGGCAACCAGCCUAACUUAAGAAUAGAGUCAACUUUGUUCACAUAGCGUCCAAAAACAAAACUGGCUGCCGCAAACUGGAUGUGCUGUAACCUUUUUAAAAGGCAAUCGGUAAAAAUUGAAAAACACGUGAAAGCACGCGCCAAGGGUAAUGGCGUCAUUACUAAUUUCAUCUCAGCCAUCAGCAUUGCGUACUCCUGCCAACAGAUAGCAAAACAGAUAGCAGACCAGCAAACAGAAGUCCCAGUGACAGCUUAUAAUGUUAACCGUUUUACUUUUCUUUUUAUCCCCAGAUUUCGUGAAAAUGGUCAUGUCCAACCCAUAGCCAAGAAAGGAGACUCGUGUAUAAUGGCAGAUAUAUCAUUUUUUAAAAUACGGCAUUUACUCAAAACAGCGCCCUUGACUCUAACGCCUCGUC